AUGGCAGCUCCCGAAGAAGCGGCAGCUCCCGCCGCUCCGUCACCCGUCGACGUGGAGGCUGCGCAGGCCGUCGCCGACAAGGAAAAGUCGCAGCAGCAGCACCGGGAGGCCACGACCAACCUGCACGAGUACGCCGAGUCCGAGGGCUAUGUCAUUGACGCCUCGGACGACGGCGACGCCUCGGCCGCGCUCAAGAGGGCGCCGGACGGCCGCACGAUCCUGAUUCCGCAGCCCAGCGACGACCCCAAGGACCCGCUCAACUGGAGCUGGACGACCAAGCACAUCACGCUCCUCAUCAUUGCGUGCACGGCCUUUCUGCCCGACUACGGCAGUGCCACGGGCGCGGUGACGCUGAUUGCGCAGGCAGAGGAGUGGGACAUGACGCAGGACGAGGUGAACCACAGCCAGGCGGGCAACGUGUUCAUGCUGGGCGCGGGCGGCAUCUUUGCCGUCAUCUUUGCCGCGUACCUCGGCCGGCUGCCGGUGGUGUGGUGGUACCUCGUGGUGGCGACGGCGACGGCGGCGUGGUGCGCGGGCGCGACGUCCUUUGCCUCGUUCAUGGCGGCGCGCAUUCUCAACGGCUUUUUCAGCACCGUGUGCCAGGGCAUGGGCCUCGUCUUCAUCCAGGACAUCUUCUUCUUCCACGAGCGCGCGCGCAAGAUCAACAUCUGGGCGGCCUUCUUCAUCAUGAGCCCCUACAUGGGCCCGCUGCUGACGGCGUUUAUGCUGACGGCGAAGCCGUGGCCCGUGCCCUUUUGGGUGUACACGGCCAUGACGGCCGCGUGCUUCAUGGCGACGACCCUGUUUCUGCGCGAGACCUACUACGACCGCCGCAUCGCCGCCGCCGACCAGCCGCCGCCCGGCCGCCGCUUCGAGCAGGUCAUUGGCAUCGCGCAGUUCCGCUCGCGCCACCAGCGCAACAGCUUCGGCCAGGCCGUCUGGCGCACCGUCAGCGUGGUGCUCAAGCCCACCGUCUUUCUGACGUGCUUCUACUACAUGCUCACGUUUGCCUGGGUCGUCGGCAUCAACACGACGCUGUCCAUCCUGCUGCAGCCCGUCUACGACUUUGGCGUGCUCCAGAUUGGCUACUUUUACUUUACCCCCGUCGUCGCCGUCAUCCUCGGCGAGCUGGCCGGCCACUGGCUACACGACGCCAUCGCCCAGCAGUACAUCCGCACGCACAAGGGCCACUUUGAGCCCGAGGUGCGCCUGCGCGCCAUUUUCGUGAGCCUGCCGUUUAUGAUUAUCGGCAUCGUCAUCCUCGGCCAGUCGCUCGAAAACCGCUGGCACUUCAUGGUCACGUCCGUGACCUGGGGCCUCUACGUGUUUGGCAUCAUGAUCACCACGGUCGCGCUCUCGAGCUACAGCCUCGACUCGUACCCAGAGGCCAGCGGCGAGGUGUCCGCCUGGCUCAACUUCAGCCGCACAAUCGGCGGCUUCAUCAUUUCGUACUUUCAGGUGACGUGGGCGACGAACGAGGGCGCCAAGAAGAGCUUUGGCGUGCAGGCCGCGAUCAUGGGCGCGGGCUUUAUCCUGGUCCUCGUUUUGCUGCGCUGGGGCAAGGCAAUGCGCGUGUGGGCGGGCCCGCUGAACUUUGCGACGGCGUGA